ACCCAGAGAGCCGGGCAUCUCGCAGAGGCACGCGCCACCCGCCCCGUCGGGGCUCCUAAGGCUCCACCACUGGCGCAGCGCAGGGUUCCGGGGACCCGGCGGGCCCCUCCCGGCCGCGGCCCACGCCCAGCUCAACUCCCCUAACUGGGCUCGGCCUGGGCUCGCUGGGGCUCGGCGGGCAGAGGAGGAAGGAGGGAGGGAGCCGCGGGCGGCGGAAGGGGGAGGAGAGGACCCGGCCGAGCCUGUGCGCACUGGCCGGGCGCUGGAGGACGGAGACGGAGCAGCGGCGCCCGGGCCGGUCAGCUCUGCAGCGGCGGCCGAGAUGCUCCAGACCCUGUAUGACUACUUUUGGUGGGAACGGCUCUGGCUGCCUGUGAACUUAACCUGGGCUGAUCUAGAAGACAGAGAUGGACGUGUCUAUGCCAAAGCCUCCGACCUCUACAUCACACUACCCCUGGCCGUGCUAUUCCUCAUCAUUCGAUAUUUCUUUGAGCUUUAUGUGGCUACACCCUUGGCUGCCCUCCUGAAUGUUAAGGAGAAAACCCGAUUGCGGGCACCUCCCAAUGCCACUUUAGAGCAUUUCUACCUAACCAGCGGCAAGCAGCCCAAGCAGGUGGAGGUAGACCUUUUGUCUCGGCAGAGUGGGCUUUCUGGACGCCAGGUUGAACGCUGGUUCCGCCGCCGGCGCAACCAGGACAGGCCCAGUCUUCUCAAGAAGUUCCGAGAAGCCAGCUGGAGAUUCACGUAUUACCUGAUUGCCUUUGUUGCUGGCCUGGCUGUCACUGUGGAUAAACCCUGGUUCUACGACUUGAGAAAAGUUUGGGAGGGGUACCCCAUACAGAGCAUCGUCCCUUCUCAGUACUGGUACUACAUGAUUGAACUUUCCUUCUACCUGUCCCUGCUCUUCAGCGUCGCCUCUGAUGUCAAGAGAAAGGAUUUUAAGGAGCAGAUCAUCCACCAUGUAGCCACCAUCGUUCUCCUCAGCUUCUCCUGGUUUGCCAAUUACGUCCGAGCCGGGACCCUCAUCAUGGCUCUGCACGACUCUUCUGACUACCUGCUGGAGUCUGCCAAGAUGUUCAACUACGCGGGAUGGAAAAACACUUGCAAUAACAUAUUCAUCGUCUUUGCCGUCAUCUUCAUCAUUACCCGACUGGUUAUCAUGCCCUUCUGGAUCCUGCACUGCACGCUGGUGUACCCUCUGGAGCUCUACCCUGCCUUCUUCGGCUACUACUUUUUCAACUUCAUGAUGGCGGUGCUGCAGACGCUGCAGAUGUUCUGGGCCUACUUUAUCCUGCGCAUGGCCUACAAGUUCAUAACUGGAAAGAUGAUAGAAGACGAACGCAGUGACCGGGAGGAGACAGAGAGCUCGGAUGGGGAGGAGGCCACACCUGGGGCAGAGACAAAGAGCCGGCUGCUGGCUAAUGGCCACCCCAUCCUCAAUAACAAUCGCCCUAAGAGUGACUGAACCAUGUCCUAGCUCCUCCCACAUUAAUACAUGAAGCCAAGAACAUGCCAACCCUCCCUUUAGGGGUAUCUCAACGCUGGGGAGAAGGGAUCUAAGGAGAGGGGUCCACACAGCCUCUCCUUACUCUUGUUGUCACCCUCUAA